AGAAAGAAAAAAGAAAUAAUUAUUCAGACGAGCUCGAUCGAGUCGAGGUUGAACCUUCGAACAUUGAACCUUCGAACAUUGGAUUAUGGGUCCCUUGGGAUUGCUAAACAGCGACGUGAAAAAAAUAAAGUCGCUGCAUUUUAUAACCGUGCAGCAGGACUUUGGUCUGGACUCGGUGAAAAAAUAAAAGAAAGAAUAAAGUCCGAUGAAAACCCUGUCGGAGUACGCAGCAAUCAUGCAGAGCAGCGGUUAGUGUCCAGCACGUGACUAGAAUAACAUGGCGGACGUGUACGCAAACUUGUGAAUAAGCGGAAAUCAGUGUGAAAAAAACCUGGAAAACUAACCGAGUGGUUUGCAAAUGAAUAGGGUACUAGUCMGACUUCUAUGCAAGCUGAUACAGAGACAAACGUACUCAUGUUUGUCCACAAAAUAUGGCAUUAUUUUGUGCUUAGGUGGACUUUUGGUGACGUUGAUCUCGUUGCUACAGUUUGGGGAGGUGCUAAUAGAAUGGAGCAUGCAACGGUACUCAGUCAAAUUCAGCAUUUACCACAAUAAUGUCGGCGGUAGGUCAUAUCAGGACCGUCUUUGCCUGCCAAUACCAAUAGAUGUCGUUUAUACGUGGGUAAAUGGAAGCGAUCCGAAACUUAUCCGACAGCUUUCUCAACUAAGAAAAGACAUAGAAAGAAAUGGAACUAGGACAAGAAGAGAAAACAAAAACUAUACAGAUACUCGUAGACAUUAUAAAAAGGGUUCACGCUCACAACAUAGCGCUCGUGUUGAUCUGGAUGUACAGUGCUUAUAUUCUGACUGCGUGAAAUCAAGAAUUGCUGUUGUAGUCAAUUCCUUUAGAGAAACAGAUUUGAAACUGAAAGAAAUACAAAACCUGCAUCCUUCUUAUAAAUUUAUAUCCAGAAUCAUAAAUAGUACAUCAAGAGGUGCAAACAAGGACCACACUGUAUUAAUGUACUUUCCAAAUACAGAAAGCAUGCACAAUGCUUUGUUAGAAAAUGUCAAAAUUCAACAAAAAAGUCUUGAUGUAUUUAUAGGAUAUUUCACUACUGACAACUCACUAGAGAAUAGCAUUGAGUCAAACAAUGAGGUAAUUGUCACUGGGUUUCAGAAGUAUACAGACCUAGCUGAACUACAUAAGGAAUUACAGAAAACAUUUGGGAAGAAGAUUUCAGAUAUUACAUAUGACCCCAAAAAGCACACUGCCAUAGUAUACUUCACUGAUCAGGAAUCUACUAGAGUAGCUUUGAAAGAAUAUCAAGGCAAUUACACUGUGGAAGGAGGAGUUAUGUUGAAAGUGUCCCAGGCAUAUCUUACAUGGACUCAUUCCUGGUCAUUCAUAAAGAAACCCAGUCUGCCAGAUUAUGAUGAGGAAGAUGAAGUUAUCUCCGCUAAUCGUUUUGCUGACAAUCAAGAACUCAAGUAUUCAUUAAGAUCAAUAGAAAAGUUUUCACCAUGGAUUCGCAAUGUUUAUAUUGUAACAAAUGGGCAGAUUCCAUCAUGGUUAAAUCUUGAUAAUCCAAGGUUGAAGAUCAUAGCUCACAGUGAUAUCUUUGUGAAUAAGAGUCAUCUUCCAACAUUCAGCUCACCAGCUAUUGAAAGCCAUCUCCAUCGAAUUCCAGGACUGUCAAAAAAGUUCAUUUAUAUGAAUGAUGAUGUCAUGUUUGGUGAUUAUGUGUGGCCAGAUGACUUUUAUACUCAUUCUAAAGGACAAAAAAUUUUCCUAACCUGGUCUGUACCAAAUUGUAAUGAAGGAUGCCCAGCGUCAUGGAUCCGUGAUAAGUAUUGUGACAAAGCUUGUAAUGUGUCAGAGUGUGACUAUGAUGGUGGCGAUUGUGUUGGUGUAAAACAAGGCAGUCGUUACUCCUAUCAAAGCUGGCACAACCAACAGUCAAGAUUCCGUCUUGAUUUUUGUGGGACAGGUUGUGCUGACUCGUGGGUUGGUGAUCGCUACUGUGAUACUUCUUGUAACRUUUACAGUUGUGGUUUUGAUGCUGGUGAUUGUGGUAUUGCACAGUUUGAUAAACUYCAUGGAGUGGACAUCAAUCAACAGAUUCAUGACUAUCACAUUCCCGAUGGCAUACAAGUUUUUUAUUUUAAUCUUUCAAGCRUUUUUGGCAAAGCAAAGAUAACUGAGGCAGAACAMAGUGAAAACAUGAUCAUCCGCACUGCAAUAGUGGCACAGAAAUACAAAUUACUUACAUUAACUCUACGUAAAAACUACACUUCAACGACAUUAGCCUUUAAUGUCAAAGGCAUCAUUAAUGAAGUUAAAACUAUUGAAUUAAAGUUCAAUGUGACUGUAAAGACAACAGGACAAAUGGCAACAGAGAAACCAGCCUCACCAGYCUCACCUGCAUURAGYACUUCUACACCAACAGUACCAGUUGUAAAACAAUCCGGAGACUUUCAGUUAAUUCAGAGAUUGUACUCAAAUCAUACCAGGAAUUACUGGACAGCUAUAAAUGAUAGUGUUCCUAAGCCAGCCUGGAUUGAACUUGACCAGGACAUCUAUAGUAUCCCAAAAAUACCCAAUGAUACAUUAGCUAGUCUACCACAGCACAUAAAUCAUGAGUUAGAGAGGCUCCAUGCAGAAUUAAAAGACGGUGACAUUACUGAGAAGGGUUAUAAUAGAAGAAAGGCAAAGCUAUUCAAGGAGUUUCUAUCUACUAUCAAACAUGCCAAUGAGGAAAAGAUUGGUGACACACAGAAACAUCAAGAUAAAGAGUAUGAAUCUAAACGAUACAAGCGCCAUCUUCUCUCCAUGGACAAUACAUUGCUGCACAAUCCUGUUGAUGUGAGGAUUUCUAACCAUGAGCAAAGACUUCCUUCAGAAGAUCAGAUGUUUGUGGCCAACUGGAUUGCUGAUACGAAACUAAAGCAACUUACCUUUCCCAAAGACAUGGAGGAAAGUCGCCAGUCAUGGUUGAAGCGGUAUGGAGACUGGGAUCCACAAUCACGUAAUUCUGAAACAAGCUUUUUACCGUGGGAAAGGCAGCGUUUCUUUCAGAAGUUGCAAAAAAAGCAUACAUCUGACAAAUAURCAAYUUUGAGCAAACCUGGCCGGAGACUUCUGGACACAUUUGCUGACUCCCUUCUUCAUGUUCAUCGUAUUUACAACAAGAAGUUUGGCUAUACAGGACGAAAGGUUCCCGCCCACAUGCCACACAUGAUYGACGUGGAAAUAAUGAAUGAACUGCAGAGCACUUUUCCAGAAGAGUUUGACAAAACCUCAUCACAUAAGAUACGAAGCUCAGAYGACAUGCAGUUUGCGUUUUCCUACAAUUACUUCGUUAUUGGUCAAACCACUACUUUAAAUGUAACUGCACUAUUUGCAGAACUGGAYACUGAUCACUCAGGUAUUUUAUCUCGACGUGAACUUAGGACGUUAGCAACAAGAAUCUAUCCACUACCUUUACAAUUGUCCGACGUCAAGCAACUGGAAAAAGCCUUGCUCAACUGCUCGCUUACAACAAAAUUGGAAAGUCCGRUAGCGCGUGGUAAUAAAGAUGGACUACCCCUUGUCACGGAAGAAUUGCUUAGUGAAUGUAAUGAAGUUACAAAGCUGUUAAAUGAAUCAAAAGGAAGUGUAAAGAAGUAUAAACACGAGACUGUUGGAGAUGAAGACAUCGCCUUUAAAAUGAUUAGUAAUAAUGCUUCAUUAGUACUGCGUCAACUUGAUAACAUACGAGCACAUAAGAAAAAGUUUAUAUGUUUAAACGAUAAUAUAGACCAUUCUCAUAACGCAACUCUAGUUMGAGCCCUUCUGGUUGACUUCUACCAGUCACUCUUCCCAAACCCCUCUCAAUUUGAACUUCCUCAAGAUUAUAGAAAUAGGUUUUUAUAUAAAGAAGAUCUGAAUAGAUGGCUGGAAGAAAAGAAGGAGUCGAGGGGAAGAAACCAGCUUAUUAUAGCAGUAAUGGUUUUGUUUUUAGUGAUGGUUCUGUUUUGGAAGAAGAUAUUGAGAUUUGUAAAGUGGCUAUGUCCAAUAAGACGUCGGAUUAYUUCUAAUGCUGGGACGUUGACAAUAUGAAUAUUAAAUUAGUAUUAAUUAGAAAACAAUUUCUUUUAGCUUGUUGCGAGGUGUGUACAAUAAUAAAGUGAUUUUAUCCAACAUCAUAUGCGAGUGCAAGUCGAACGCGCAGUGCGACUUGGAGUCUAACGGUCUAAACUACAGAUCACUGCCCUCCAGGGAGGGCAUGUUCAGAGGGUCAGAAUCUAAAAAGGUGACUCUUGAUGCAGUUUGUAAAGASUUGAAAAAGUCUCUUUGAAAGGCAUCCGGACUUUGCAUCAAAGCGAAACGACCUGUGAGCUUGCAAUGAUAGAUACCUAUGAAUAGAUGUGAAAGAAAGUGCGAAUGUAGUCGAAGCUGCUAAGUGUAGAUCUAGUUUACUAUUAAUGACAUCGAGCUAGGUUGCGAGGCUGACAGAAAUAAAUCUUUUCUCAAACGA